GUGAUAAAGUUGAAUCGAGAGUGCGUUCGAGCUUUUUGGGCGGGCCAACAACAGGAGCUGAUAUUCUUGAGGAAUCGAAAUCCAGAAAGAGGUUCCAUUCAAAACGCUCGUCAAGUUCUAAGAAAUAUGAUCAACAGCAGCGCCGAUCAACCGAUCGGCUAUCCGAUUUAUGUGUCCCCGCUGACCACCUCCUAUAUGGACACGCAUCCACAAAUGCGUUCCCUUAGCGGACCACCGAUCACACCCGAACUAAUCGGACGUGCACUCAGGUAUUUGUGGUGCUCGGUUAGGUCACAUUUCGGUACGUCAGGUAGUUCGAAUAUGCAACCACCGCCACAAGCCUCUUCCGGAAUUGCUUUGCAGAAUCUCAAUUCUUCUGGAAGAAGUGGUGCACCAACUGCAGAAGGUACUGCAGAAAGGCAUCAGACACAAUCGCAGUCAGUACAGCAACAGCGUCAAUACGUACUGCUCGAUCAGCAUGGCGAACAGCGCACUAUUGCAGAUGAUCUGAAUUCACGACGUUCCUCCGCCGAAUCCUCAUCCAGUCCUCAUGUUCCCACCGCCAACGAAUCUCAACAACAACAGCAAAAUUCACCCCCUAGUGCAACAUCUCACGUUCAUGCUGAAAGUAGUAUUGUUGCGAUGGGUGCAGACGGUGUACCAAAAGUAGAAUUAUGUAAACGACCAGCGACAGCGGGCGAUGACUUUGAUGGUACUUGUGUGCCUCUGUUUGAAAGGCCACCAUCACGGUCAUCAGUGAGCAGUGAACAACUAUCAGAACAAUAUGCGAAAAUUGUUGACACGGAACAGAUCUUUAAAUGUUUGGAUGAACCGUUGAAAGCGACCGGUGAGCCGUUAGUGGUAUGGCCACAUGCAAAAUGGCGUAUGCGUGGUGGUCGAAGUUCAUGGAAUGGUAUGCCGUGUGAGGGCGAUCGAGGGCAAAUCGUCCAUAAAUGGGUACCAUCGCAUGCGAAACGAGAGCGCAGAUCACAUACGGGUGUUGUUAUCUAUCUUUUGUAUAUAAAAGAGAUGGGCGGUUGCUAUGUGCCAAUCGGUGAAACGGGUGUGCAGAUGAUAAAGAAAGAAGAGUAUGAAGCGGGUGAUGAGCAAACAGCGAACAACUUUGAACAAUUGUGA